AUGGCAGUGUUGCCAGAGUACUGUUCCAGUUAUCCCAACAACAAGGAACUCCCAGUUUUCACAGGGAAUCCUGUUGACUGGCCGAUCUUCAUCAGCAGUUAUAACCACUCUACGCUGACGUGCGGAUACACCGACAACGAGAACCUGUUGCGACUGCAGCGUGCGAUCCAGGGGAGGGCGAGAGAAGAAGUGAGCAGCCUGCUCCUCAAUCCGUCGACGAUACCGCAAUUGCUGACCUCUCUGAAGCUGCUGUACGGACGACCGGAGCAGAUCGUUCACACGAUGAUCGAGAAAGUACGCGCGACCCCCGCACCGAGAGCGGACAAGCUGGAGUCUCUCGUCUCGUUCGGUCUGGUGGUCCACAAUCUCUGUGGGCAUUUGAAGGCUAUUGGCAUGGAGAAACACCUGUCGAACCCCAUCUUGCUGCACGAGCUCGUUGCCAAGUUGCCUUCCAACGUAAUGUUCAACUGGGCACUCUACCAGGAGCAACUGCCAGAAGUGGACCUUAACGUGUUCGGCGACUACAUGUCGAAAAUAGCGACCGCUACCAGCGGUGUGACAUUGUUCGCUGCGAAGGCUGCCAAGGACGAUUUCCGGCCCAAGAAGGAGAAGGCGGCGUACGUCAACACGCACUCGACUGCCGAGCAAGGUCGGCGCAAGGGUGACGACGAGAUCAAGGAGAAGCCGACGGACCGUCCGUCUUCGAACAUCAAGGUGUGCCCGAUGUGCGACAACAGCGGCCAUUUGGCGGCCAACUGCUCGAAGUUCAGCAAACUUUGUCUCGACGACCGUUGGAAGCUGGUCAAGGAGAAAAGACUUUGUCGUCGCUGUCUGGUUGCCCACUCGCGCUGGCCGUGCAAAUGCGAUCCCUGCGGAGUCCAAGGUUGCCAGAAGAAGCAUCAUCCGCUGCUCCACUACGAACAAGCACCCACGGAAGCGAAGCGCAGCGAGCCCGCAACGAGCGGCGUAGUCGCACUGCAUCGUCAACCGACGAUAUCAACGUUGUUCCGUAUGUUGCCCGUCACGUUGUACGGAAAGAAAGGGAAUGUAAACACGUUCGCCUUUCUCGAUGACGGCUCGUCGGUGACACUCCUGGAGCGGAAGUUGGCGGCAACCCUUGGUCUGGAAGGAAAGCAAGCAUCUCUGUGCAUCCACUGGACAUCCGGCAUCAAGAAGAACUUCUCGGAGACGCGGGAGGUUGAGCUGGAGAUUUCUGGCGCUGAUCGUCCGCAGCGGUUCGUCGCGUCAAACGUGUACACGGUGGACAAGCUCGGACUUCCGGAACAAACGAUGGACGUCGCGGCCAUGGCGGAACAGUUCGCGUACCUGCAGGACCUGCCGCUAUCGAGCUUUAAGUCUGCGGUUCCCGGAAUACUCAUCGGUCUGAACAACGUGCACCUGCUGGCAACACUGAAACUGCGGGAAGGACGCAAAGGAGAACCGAUCGCUACCAAAACGCGUCUCGGUUGGACGGUCUACGGGAGUAUGCCAGCGGCUACACAGUCUUUCGCCCAUCGCCAGUUCCACAUCUCUGAGGAACAAGCCGAAGUUGACCUGCACGAAUACGUCAAGAGCUUCUUUGCGGUUGAAAGCCUCGGAGCAAUGGCAGUACCGAGCGAGGAGAGCGUCGACGAUCAGCGUGCCAACAAGAUUCUGUCCGAAACUACCAAACGAGUUGAAGGUGGGCGGUUUGAAACUGGCCUUCUCUGGAAACAGGACUACGUGGAGUUUCCGGAAAGCAGACCGAUGGCGGAGAAGCGGAUGAAGUGUUUGGAGCGACGCCUGGGACGAGAUCCAGCACUGUACGAUCAAGUACGAAAGCAGAUCGCGGACUUCCAGUCGAAAGGUUUUGCGCACAAGGCGACCGCUGCGGAACUGGACACUUUCGACCCUCGCCGGACCUGGUAUUUGCCCCUCGGAGUAGUACUGAACCCAAAAAAGCCCAGCAAAGUGCGCGUGAUCUGGGACGCGGCUGCCAAGGUCGACGGCGUGUCCCUGAAUACCAUGCUGUUGAAGGGGCCCGACCUGUUGACGCCGCUACUGUCCGUGCUCUUCCAGUUCAGGGAGAGACAGGUUGCCAUCUGCGCAGACAUCGAAGCCAUGUUUCACCAGGUGAAGAUUCGGGAACCCGACCGCAGCGCGCAGCUGUUCCUGUGGAGGGACUCGCCGGACAAGCCGCUGGAAACCAUGGUGACCGACGUCGCUAUCUUUGGGGCGACGUGCUCCCAGCCCACUCGCAGUACGUGA